GCAGCCGAGAAGGUGUCCAGGGAAGCCACGACUCUCACCGAAGUCUUCGUUCGACUCCCGCGGCCACCGCCGUCCGCACAGGAAUCACUCUGAGGAAGCUGGUUCGGAACGCCACUUUGGACAUCGUGGAUGGCAUGGCUCAGCUUGUGGAAGUGCUUUGCACCACUCCAGCUCAGAGCCCUGAGAACAAUGACCUUAUUUCUUGCAACAAUGUCUGGGUUGCGUGCGAGCAGGUGCCUCAGAUACCAAGAGAUAACAAAGCUGCAGCCCUUUUAAUGCUGACAAAGAGUGUGGAUUUAGUGAAGGAUGCACAUGAGGAAAUGGAGCAGGCUGUGGAAGAAUGUGACCCUUACCAUGGCCUCUUGAAUGAUGAUGAGGAGGACAACUCUGACAACCAUGGUAAUGAACAGGAUGAUGUGUUGGGGUGUCCAAACAAUCAGGACUCAUAUUGGUCAGAGGAAGAUCAAGAGCUGAUAAUCCCGUGCCUUGCGCUGGUGAGAGCAUCCAAAGCCUGCCUGAAGAAAAUCCGGAUCUCAGUGGCAGAGCAUGGGAAGAAGGACCAGGUGGCCCAGCUGGAUGACAUUGUGGAUAUUUCUGAUGAGAUCAGCCCUAGUGUGGAUGAUUUGGCUCUAAGUAUAUAUCCACCCAUGUGCCACCCGACUGUGCGAAUGAGUGCUGCAAAACUUGUGUCUGUUCUAAAGAAGGCACUUGAAAUUACAAGAGCGAGUCAUGUAACCCCACAACCAGAAGAUAGUUGGAUCCCUUUACUCAUUAAUGCUGUUGAUCAUUGCAUGGACAGAAUCAAGGAACUCACUCAGAAUGAACUUGAAUUAUGAGUUUUCAGGCUCAUUUGUACUCUCCUCUCUCCUUUUCUUACUGUCACAGCCAGGCUCUGAUGUCUGCUUUUAAAAUGGGGCUAGAAUGUUUUCUGGUUUGAAAAGGAAUUUCUGUCUGUAUUUAUCAAGAGGCACUAUUACCAAAGAUUGUUGGUUAGGCCAGACUGGCAAUUAUUUAUAAAACGUAUGAGUAUGGUAUAUUUUUCUGUGCUAGCUACAGAAGAUAAUGGCAUGAUUUUGUGUUUCUGAAUCGCCUCCCAGAGAUUCCUAGGGAAGCUGUCUCAUUCCCUAUUUGCAAUAAUGUAUAUUGUUUCAUUGUUAAAGAUGUUGACAAUCUCAAUAAAAUACUAACCUGCCAGUGCUUAA